AUCUUAGCCAGUUUAAACUCCAGCGCAAAAAGAAUGUCUUGACAGUUGACACUGACAUUUGCUUCUGUCGUGAAACGUCAAUGUCAUCAGCUGACAGUGAGUGACAAAAAUAAGACGACGAAUACGAAUCAAAACUUGCUUUAUGAGUGAUAAAAGUAAAAACAAUUCAACAGAAUUAAAGUGAAAAGAAACAUUUAUAGAUAUUGAAACGUCGGUAGAUUUUGUAUUUUAUGAUCUAACUUUUUCGACUUCUUAUCUCGUAGAGAUGGAUAAACUAUACAAUACUUUCAACCCAAAAAUUAUGAGUAAAACGAGGACGGCGGGUGAUGGAAUGGAAUCUGACGAAAACACGUCGGAAAGAGUUCAGGAUGUCGGUCCUAAUAUUACCAGAACCCCAGAAAGGAAAGGUAGUGCUUUGCCUACUCGAUUAGUGCAAGUUUACGCUACUAAAGUGAUAAAAUCCGAUAAAACGAAAUCCAUAAAUAUGAAGACACCAAAGUUUGUGCCUUACGAGCCAUACCCAGCGGCAGUGAAGCCUAUGACACCUCAAAUUGCAUCAAAACAAAUGAAGAAGUCGAGAAACAAUAUGGACAUUAAUACUUUGAUUACCCAAAUGUCUCAGAUGAAUACAAACUUGAAUGAAUUUAAACCUCGUCCGAAGUUGAACUCUACAAGUGACAAGUCUGGUCAAGAUGUUGAUGCACCCAGUCCAGAAAAAGUUCAGAUGCAAAAAAAGAUAGAUAGCUUGACACAGGAAAAUGAAUCAUUAAAAGAGCAAUUGAAACAGCAAGUUCAGGUCAAUAAAGAGUUGAAAACAAUGCUGGUCGCGUCUAUGGGUGAGGACCUUGAGACACAAGUACAGUCUCUGAAUGAAGAUAAAAAGCAUUUGGCUAAUGCCUUACUCAGUUCUGCACAACAUUUGUCUACUCAUCAGGAACAAACAGAAUGGUUGGCCGGCCAGUGUGAAGUGUGGAGGAGUAAAUUCUUGGCUAGCAGUUUAAUGGUCGAAGAACUGGCACAAUGUAAGAAAUUACUGAAUGAAAAGACUGAUCAUUUGCAACAAGCGAUUAAGCAAUUACUUGACGAAAGAUAUAGGGCAAGGGAUAUGAUGCUAUGUACUUAUAAAAACUUGUACAGUCUGCACGAAAAGUGGCUUGAAAACAUCGCCAUUACAGAAUAUACAGGGAACUCAAAGAUGUACAAUCGGCCCAUUGGAAAUCUCAACUUUAAUGCGACGAUUCCACAUUCAACAAACAUUUUAGAUAUGACCACAGUGAAUUUGAAGCUUGCUGAGAAUAUCAGCAGUUCGGUUGAAAAACAAGAUAUUAGUCAUUUGAAUAGCUUGCCCACUGCCACAGAAGGAGAGAAGUUUGCAGAAACUGUAAUGGCAACACCCUUAGACGUGAAAAAGGUGAGUGAGGAACCGGUGAAUGCCCUCGUCCAUCACGCUUACAGCAGCAGCGGUAACACGCCGCGACCAAUCGCCUCCUGUGUACAUUGUCACGGAAAAGUCCAACUGUUAUAGAUUGACCAGAAUUAAGCUAGCAUUAGGGAUGAUGAAAAGCCUAUAUUCAUUUUUGGAUGAUGAAAAAAUCAUCAACAGCCUAUAAAUGCCCACUGCUGAGCAUAGCCUCUUCUCACCCGGAGAAGGUUUGAGCAUUAAUG